CUAUCCGAUGAGCAUCGCCAAUACCUGAUGGACAGACAUGGGCAACUGACUCUCGAGCCGGUACCUAGCAUGGAUCCUGCUGACCCGUAUAACUGGCCCAAAAGUACAAAAAUCACCAAUCUGGUGCUGGUGGCGUUCCAUGCCAUGAUGGGCACUUUUACGGCCGCUGCGAUCCAGUCUGCGUUCGUCAACAUUGCCGAAGACUUCGAUAUCGAGGUACAGCAAGCCAGUUAUCUCACCUCACUGGUCAUCGCCAUCCUAGGAGUUGCGCCCCUAAUUUGGAGACCGCUUGCCAAUAUUUAUGGAAGGCGGCCUAUCUUCCUGAUCUCUUUGAUUUGCAGUAUGGCCGGCAAUAUCGGCUGUGGAUUCAGUCACUCUUACGCGGCCAUGGCCGUGUGCCGAGCGAUCACUGCCUUCUUCAUUAGUCCAGCCGCGGCCAUUGGUAGCGCGGUGGUGUCCGAGAUGUUCUUCAAGCAGGAGCGAGCCACAUUCAUGGGCGCCUGGACGAUCAUGGUUACGAUUGGUGUCCCGAUCGCCCCGUUCCUCUUCGGUUUCCUUGCCCUGCGCGUCAACUACCGCUGGAUCUACUAUGUGCUCGCCAUUGUGAAUGCAGUCCAGUUUUUACUGUAUCUGUUUCUUGGACCGGAGACGUUGUAUCGUCGCGAUUUUGCUGUUAAACCUAGUAGCCCCAGAUUGAAGAAGUCAUACUUCACUUUCCGCCGCAUCAACCCUGAUCCGCUAACGUUUAACGAUUUCGUGCACCCAUUCAUCUACUUCACCAAGCCGGUCGUUUUGUUCCCAGCAGUUUCGUACUCGAUGAUCUUCCUGUGGUCCAACAUCAUGCCCACCCUUGAGAUCCCCCAAAUAUUCCCGAAGAAAUACGGUUUCAAUGAGCAGGAAGUCGGUCUUCAGUUCCUGUCUUUCAUCCUCGGUGCCAUCAUUGGUGAGCAAAUGGGAGGUCGCUUGUCGGAUCUAUGGAUGAACCAUCGCCGCAAGAAGACCGGAAUUGCUCCCCCGCAUGAGCACCGUUUGUGGCUCAGCUACAUUGGGCAAGCUUUGGCUAUCAUCGGUGUUAUUGUCUUCCUGGUACAGACCGCGGCGUCGAAAACGUGGAAUAUCACACCUCUGGUCGGUACCACCAUUGGCGCGGUCGGAAACCAACUUGUCACCACUGUCUAUAUUACCUAUGCUAUUGAUUGCUACAAGGAGGAUGCUGCUGGGGUCGGUGUUUUCAUUACCUUUGUCCGUCAAAUCUGGGGGUUCAUCGGUCCGUUCUGGUUUCCUCAACUGAUUGAGGCGGCAGGUAUGGCCGGUACUGCUGGUGUUGCAACUGGAAUGAUGGUCGUCUUUUCGGUCCUACCCACUCUCGUGCUCCAGUUCGCAGGCAGGAGGUGGCACCAUCGAAGUGAAUGA